AUGAAGCUUAAAUAUUUUACCCGAAGUGAUGGUAGUGGGAAUGGGGGCCUCGAUACGGCUUUUCAAGAAGUUGCCCAACAGGUGCUGGCAGAGGUACCGCCGGAGCUUCGUCAGCACCCAUCAGCUGCGCCUUCUCCGAUUCUUCAGUCUCUUCUUCGCCUUGAAUGGGAUCAGAAAGGGGCUCACAUCAUGAAAGACGAGGUUCCUACAACAAACCCUGGUAAAGUGGCGCCUGGUGUGUCUGCUGCUCAAGGUGUAGAUCAUCAACGAGGUGGGGAGAUCCCAUCCGGAUCUAAUUCAUCCUUGUUAGGGCGUCAACUUCUGAAACGUGGUGUGGCGCCCAAAGACCCAUUGAUAAAGCGCCUUGCGGCGUACAAAAGUAAAGUCUCUGCGAAUGCUAAUCUUAACGACGGCAAUUCAUCGGUCUUAAGCGAAACCAAUGCGGUCUCGCACUCCGGUUUCAGUUCUGCUCCGUCGGGAAGCGGCGUGGCCGAGCACUGGACGCGACGUCGUCUCUCCGAAAUGACCCCGUCUAGUUGGGCUAUUUUCCGUGAACAGCUCGGUAUUGAUAUUACGCCCGUAAAUGUGCGGGAUCCGUCUAGGCAUGAGGAGGAUUCAUCGCGGGGGGUGUCCUCACCCGCCACUCGUGUCGUGUAUACGGUCGAUACCGUGAGUCCAAUUCGGUGUUGGCAUGAGGCUCAGCUCCCUUUCGCGUUGGGAUGCUGUGUGGGCGCCUUUUACGCUUUCCCAACAGCAAUCCAGUCCCAGUGCAUCCCACUGGCAAUGACUGAGCUUCCCUCUGCUAUUCCUUCUGAACGGCAAGCCGACCACUGCACGUCUCCAAAUCUCGAGAUUUUGAAUAAAAUUGAUAUCAUCGGUGUGGCGGAAACGGGUAGUGGUAAAACGCUUUCCUACUUGAUUCCAGCGCUGGCCGAUAUCUGCACUCGACGCCCGAAACUACUUGGGAAUCAUGAGCGGAUUACUCUUGGGCCUAUGGCAUUGAUAAUGGUGCCAACACGUGAGCUUGCGGAGCAGGUCAUGCGGGAGGCCCUGGCACUGCUCAAUCCUGACACGUCUAAGAUGCACUUUCCGAUAAAGGUGGCUGGCUCAGGCAAGAGUUCCAGCCUUGGCCACCCCUCCACAGGAAGGAGGCUAAUUGAGGAAUGGGAGGAAUAUGAGUUAUCUGACCUGCCCAAUGACGCUAGCCGCGCGGCUUAUCGCAGAGAACACAACAUGCUCAGUGAAAUACGCGUCGUUAAAGUUGUCGGCGGCGAGAAAGUAGAGGAGCAGUUUGAAAAGCUUUCAAGGGGUGCUCAUAUGGUGGUUGGGACCAUCGGUCAGCUUGCUGCGCUAUUGGAAGACCGUUUUUUGUCUUUAGGAAACACACAGCUCGUCGUCGUGGACGAGGCCGAUCGCAUGAUCGACGAACGGCAGGAGGAUAUUCUUGUUAGUGUCCUUGAGCGAUGCCCACGGCCACGCCAAACCCUUCUUUUCACAGCCACUAUGAGCCGAGCGUGUGAAGAGAUUGCGCGCAAAUACCUUUCACCCAAGGGAUUUUUCGUUGUACGCACUCUGCAUCGGUGUGCGUCGAUUCGGCAGAGUUUUGAAUUGAUUCCUUUGAUGGACAAUUCCGUACGCGAGGUGAAUACGGGCAAAAAGGCCUUUUUGCGUGGUUUUACUUCUAAAAAACAAAAGAAUCCCGCGAACGAAGCAGCACAGCGCCUAUUAGAUCCUCUUAUCUAUCCUUUGAAAUUUAACCGCUUAGUCACGUGGCUUGUUUACGCAACCGGACCGAUCAUCAUAUUCGCGGGAGAAAAGCGCGUGUGCGAUGCCCUGCAGGAUGAGCUCCGACGUGAGGCCGGGCAUCUCGCGCAGAUCCUCGAUGAGCGUGGAUUGCCACCCGCCGGGAGGGGCCUCAUGGACGUCCCGAGCGUGGAUGCACCGCCGCAGGGGCUGGUGUUUCAGGAGGAUACGGGGCUGAGCUUGUACGCCGCACAGCAGCGUCGUGUGGCUGCUGAGAAGACGCUGGCGUCGACUUUUUCGUCGUCGCUGAAGCUGGAAAAUCUCACAUCGACCGCCGUCGUGCACUCAGAGCUCUCGCAGAACGAGCGUCGCCGUCUGACAGAGCUCUUCCAUCGUCAGGAGCGCAAGGUGCUGAUCACCACUGAUUUGCUUUCCCGCGGCCUGGACGUGCCGGGGGUGGCGCUGGUAAUUAACUACGACUUGCCGUGGCCAUCUGAGAAGGCGUCACCGGGCAGCAAAGGCAACCCCCACAGAGGCUGCAAGGAGACGCCGGACGAGGCCUUUGUACAAUAUAUCCAUCGCAUCGGGCGAACAGGGCGCGCCGGGGCAACAGGCAUUGCUCUGAGUUUUGUUUCUUUACCGUUAGCACGCAUCCAAAAGGCCUCAUCAGCCGUUGUAGUAACAGCCUCCUCAAAUGCCUCCUCACUGCAUCUUCAGGAGCCGUCGGAAGGCAGGAAGGGUGAUGAGCUAUCACGGCGGAUAUACCCACCAGGAACCACAGAUGCUGUCAAACAACGUGAUCGGGAUCAGUUUGAACUCACUCACCACCAUGAUGAUAAUUACGGAGAUACGACCUUUGGCAAUGGUGAAGUUGAUGGCGCAUUAAACGACGCAGAUAAUGAUGAUGACUCAGACAGGGGAAGUAGCGUCGCUAGUGAUGAUUCAGGGCGGCCUCGAAAGCACCUUCGAGGCGAAGAGGGAACUUCUACGAUAUUGGAAGGUACCAAGAGAAGGGAAAGUAUCACCCCUUACAGUGAUGAGAGCCUUUUGAAGCCACUUUGGAAAUUCCUUCUACAUUGUAUUGAAGGGAACGGGUACUCAAGAGAUGAGGCUGUGCGGGCUUUGCGACAACAGACAUACAGCAAAAUUGAUCUACCACCUGCGUUGGCAUUCAUUAUGUAUGAAUUAGCUAUGAAAAAGGGGAAGUAUGGCACCAUUACUCAAUAA